AUGCCAGACCCGGCCUAUAUAGCCGAUCCCGCUCCACCUCCAAUUUAUACCAGGGCCCGCCCCUUUACUGUUCGCUCUCACAUCCCACCACCGAUAGGCAGCCCGCUAGAGCCCUGCACACCGUGGGAUGAUCCCCGGAAGGAACGUGAGACGAUUUCACCACUUCAACGGUGCCUUUUACACCCACCAUCUGGCGGGUUGGACGGAGACCAUACUGUCGAAUUCAAAGUGGUCCAUCACCUGAGAGCUGGAAGAGAUCACAAUUCGCAGGUCGUUGUUGUCAGCAUUCUCAAUGUUAGUGAUAACUGCCCAGAAGUGCUCGUGGGAGUCACUACAGCCGUGGCCAAGUUUUAUGACCCUCUUCAUGCUGACCCUGACGACUGGGGUUUCGAUCCUUUCUUCUACUCUCAUCAGUGUUAUAUUUCAGAGGCGGCUGCCUACUCCAAACUCUCCGACCUCCAGGGUACUGUGAUUCCAACUUACUACGGCUCUUAUACGCUUCAGCUCCCUGUUCAUGAGCCCACCUCCCCCACAACAACCCGAACCGUUCGCCUCAUCCUCAUUGAAGAUAUUGUCGGAACGUCAAUGCGGGAUCUUUGGCCGCGGGAGUAUUCACAAGCCGAACGGAAGCAAAUCAUAAGAGCGAUCAUCGAUGGAGAAUCGGAAAUCUAUAGACACAAUAUCCGCCUUCGAGAUAUGCACCCAAGGAACGUGGUUGUAGUGACAGACCACCGGGCGGAGCAGAGGGUUCGCCGUGUCGUGCUCAUAGACUUUGAGCGAAGCUGGUUCUCUCGCGCCCAUUUUCCUAAAGAUGAACACAAGUACCUACCGGGAACGUACAUAUCUCCGCUGCUACGCUGGCAUCAUUUCGUCCGGUCAAGCGUUUUCGAUGACUGGAUUGAUUGGGACCGUCAACUAUGGCUCGAGAGUGAAUAUGCCGACACUGCAUCAUCGAUAACGCGACACAUGGAAUCGAUAUGGGGCAAACGACUCGAGGAAACGGAGGAUUAA